GUUUAAAUGAGAAAGAUCGCUAUACAAAAUGAUGUUUUAGAAUACGAAACAACAUUUAUUUUUGGAAUACUGCAGUAAAUCUUUUCUAAAUAUCCAUAAUUUUUAUACAUGUGCAAGACAGUGAAACACAAAUGACUAAAACCAUGAACAAAGUCUUCUGUAUUUUACACUCAGCAAAAGUUUGUUUACUUUUACCAGUUCUUCUGACUGGAUUAGAGAAUAGCAAAGCCUGGGAAUGUUCCAUCCUUACAAAUAAUGCAAGCUUCCCAGCAAAGCCAUGGGAGUAUACAAUCUCAACCCAGGACUGUAAGAAUGACUUUGCCAUGCCAUUAUGUGAAGUGGCAAAACCUGAGUCUGGUUGUCCUAAAUAUUAUACCAGGUUUGCUUCCAAUACAAGUUGUUAUGGAGUUGGAUACAAACGGAGGACAGCAGAAAAUACAACAGAGUUCAUUAAAUGUAGAGUGAUCUGUGCUAUUAAUUUCUGCAGUAGACUGAAUAAUAAUGGACAUAGACUACGAAUCGAAUCCCAAAAUGAGUUGGCAUUUGUUGGAAAUGAGAUCUUCAAAAUUUUCCAGAACCAGACUCAUCCAAUGGAGUUCAAUAUUGACAGCCAUGUGCCAGAUCCCUGUAUCAAUCCACGGCCACACAAGUGGAAAGUUGUAAAAAACAGCUACAUGUAUAUUGGGGAGGACCGUAAUGGUAGAGUUGUUCACUUCAACAACUCUUUAAACAAAGCUAAAUGCAAAAGCUACUGUAACAAUUUCAAUGACUGUAUGGGUUUUGAUUAUGGGAAAUUCAAAAUUAGGAGAAAGUGGAUCAUAGGAUGUGUUCUACACCCAUAUUCUUUAAUGGAUCGCCCAAAAGCUGCCAUACAAGAUCUUCAUCAUCGUACUGUAGAGACAAACCAUACUUACAGAAUUUGUGAUAGGGCAAACAUUACCACCGCAUCUCAAACUACUCCCAAUGUAUAUUCAACGGCCGGACAACAAAUAAUAACUGACUUGGUCAAUUCAACGGUUGAACAGCAAAAUAUAUCUGACCUGAUAAACUCUGAUGAACAGCAAAGCGUAACUGCCUUUGUAGAUUCAGCAGUUGAACAGCAAAGCAUAAGUGCCCUGAUAACUUCAACAGUUGAACAGCAAACUACAGUUGACCAUCAAAGAAAACACUACAUUGGAACAACUACCGAUAAACUACCAAACAUUACAAGGCUAGAUGUCUCCAAUAUUAGAUCUACUACCAGUGUCAAUUUGAAGCAUUCAAAAUUAGGAGAUGCACAUGAACCUUCAUCUGGAGACAUCUUGAUGUAUGUUGUGUACAUUUUGAUUGCAUUAGUCAUUCUUGGAUUAUUCCUGGGGAUAAUACUGAUGUUCAAGAGAAAUAAGAGAGGAUUUGUAAAGGCAAAAUCUAGCCAAACUAAAAAGAUGCAACAAGUUGAGAAAACACGAAGCAGUGGCAGUACAAGCUCUGAAAUCCCCAUCAUAGCCUCAAGACCAAUGUGACUCAUCAAUCAUUCUCUCACCAUUUAUUGGUAUUGAUUCUGAAAAUGAUGUGAGGAGAAGUAUUUUUGCCAGAUUUUUUACAAUGCACAUUGAACAUGGGGUAGAAGCUACAUUGAACAUGGGGUAAAAUCUAGAUUCUGAGAGACAAAUGUAGAAAUUCAUACCUGUAAUAGAGACCAAGGCCCUUUGGUACCAUGAAUGGAGUAUUACAUAUAUCAUAUUUGUUUGACUGUGAUAUGAACAUCAGAUUUUAAAGAUGGCAUUAUUGUAUGCAUCAUACUCGUGAUACUCUCUAUAUAUAUACAAUUGUAUUUUGCAUAUUCAGACUAAACUUACUAUCAGUUAUUCCAUUGAAUGAAGUUUGAAGGGAUAUAGGGAACGGCUCUGUCUGUCCAUCCGUCCGCCCGCACGUGGUGUCCGUCUAUCCAUCCGGGCAACAAUUCAAAUACCAUUGAUCUGAUUUUGUUCAUAGUUUGUACACAUAUACCCUUUGGGAGUACAGGUUCUGCUUGAAAGCCAGUUUUGAAAAUGGCAGCUCUUCAGACAUGGUGGCGAUUUUAUGGCUGAUUUUACAGUAAUUUAGGUACAAUACGUAAAACGCAAUAUGUUUUAAAUGUAAAAAAUUAAAGAGUGCAAUAAUAAAGCUAGG